AUGAGCGAGAGCGAAAAUAUCAAAAUUAUCAAGACCUUCCUUGCAAACGCCCCACCAGGCGAAUACGAACAAUGCACAGCAGCUCUCCGUUCUAUUGUUAACGACGAAGAUCUCAUCAACAGAGCCAGAUCCGAAACACUCAAAACCUGGGCAGAGGAAGAGUGCAUCGUUGUUGACGUAGAAGAUCACAAAGUCAUUAUCUGCAAAGAAGCCUGCCAGAGGGAUGGCAUUUACGUUGAUCCAGUCACAAGUUCAUUAAUUACAUACGAUUUUGAAUCUCGCAUUGCCACACCGAUUGGUGAUCAAGCUAACAUGAGUGAUUUUGCCAAGGAGCUCCAAGAAGAGCUUACAGCAUACGCUAAGAAUGCAUAUAAGGAAAACGCCGCCGCCGGUGUUUACGAUACCAACAAUGGUAUUGUUAUUGUUUUACGCGGCUCAUCCAUCUCACUUAAGAACUUCCGUACAGGCAAGACAGUUGCCAAGUAUACAUUAAGCAAGAGUGGCUCACUCGAAGGCAAGAUUGUUUCUAUACAGCACUUCUUCGAAAAGGGCAAUGCAGUUUGCCAGCAUGAUGGCGACUGCAACACUACAUGCAGUUUUGGCGACGCUAAGUCAGUUGUCAAAGCUAUUCGCACAUUCGAAGACGAAUGGCUUGCUGACUACAAGACAACACUUGAGAAGAUCGGCACAAAUGUUCUUUUCCAGCUUCGUCGAAAAUUCCCGUACUCGAAACAGAAGAUCAACUGGCAACAAGAAAUCACUGUCGGUGGUGGCAUGAAGUGCUAA